AUGGCUCUGGACGGCCUUUGGUUGUCUCAAGGGCUAGUAGAUAACGAAACAGUGCAGAAGACGCCUACAAGAGGCGUUCUGUUCACCACUCUCAGACACUGGCUCGCAGCACCCUCUAUCCUGUCUAAAGUUGUGGAAUUCGUACAUGCAGACGAUCCAACGGCGCACGUGGAAGAGUACGGUCUACCGUCUGGCGCCGGACAACGUUCUGGAAAGUAG